AUGGAAAAGAUAAUUGGUUUGAACUUUAAUGAGAUAAAGUUAAAACGCGUCGAUAAGGUUUUGCCGCUUUCAGCCGUUAACAAAUCUGUCAAUAUUAAUGAUUGUAAAGUCUCUGUAGAUCCGUUGUUACUUUUCCAGAGAAUAACUGUAAGCAAAAAAUUUGAAAGUAAUCUACAAGAAUAUCUUCAAUAUGAACUAAGCCCGUAUCCGACAUCUUUAUUUGAUAGUAAUGGCAUGAGAAAAACCACGAAAGCGACGUUAUAUGACAAUAUGAUACCUGUCGAUAUCGAGCUUGAUGAAAAUAAUGUAACAUACAUCAUCGACGGUGGAUUUCUUCUGCAUCGCGUCGUAUGGAGCAAAGACGAUACUUUCUCCAUUAUUUUAGAUAAAUACAUUCAAUAUUUACAAACACAUUAUGGUUCAGAAAUUGUUGUUGUAUUUGACGGAUAUUCGGACAAUAGUAAAAAUAUUAAAGCAAUGGAACAACAAAGAAGAACUGCUGCACUUUCUAAAUCGUAUGAAGUUUGUUUUGACGAAACAAUGAUUGUGCCAAUCAGCCAAGAGAAAUUUUUAUCAAAUCGGUGUAAUAAAACAAAAUUUAUCUACAUGCUUGUCGAAAAAUUAAAAACUAUUGAUAUCACAACAAAACAAGCCAGAGAUGAUGCUGAUGUUCUCAUCAUCGAGACAGCUAUUGCAUUAUCAGAACAUCAAAAGACUGCCGUCAUCAUAGGAGAAGAUAUUGAUUUGCUCGUUAUUCUAAUUGGGCGUACUCAAUCACAUCAACAGGAAAUUUUUCUUUAA